AUGACGCUCGCAGGACAGCGGUCCUGGAAGAAGCCGCCAAAACGGUUCCCCUGGCUCGCCAACGUCACUUUGUACGGGUGCUUAUUCGCCGGCGGCGACCUGGUCCAUCAGCUCAUCGCGCAGGAGGAGCGCAUGGACUGGAAGCACACCCGCGAUGUGGCCAUUGUAGCCACCAGUUUCCAUGGAAACUUCAACUACUUCUGGCUGCGCGCCCUGGAGAGGCGCUUUCCCGGGAAGUCCGCGGCGAUGGUGUUCCGCAAACUCCUGUUGGACCAAAGCUUCGCGUCGCCUUUGGCCACGAGUGUCUUCUACACAGGAGUGAGCUUCUUGGAGGGAAAGGAGGACAUUUUUGAAGACUGGAGGGAGAAGUUUUUCAACACGUGGAAGACGGGACUCAUGUACUGGCCUUUCAUGCAGUUUUUGAACUUUGUCCUGAUGCCGUUGUACAUGCGGACGGCCUUCAUGGGCUGCUGCGCCUUCCUCUGGGCCUCCUUCCUCUGCUUCUCCCGGCAGAGCGGCGACGGCACCGCCGCCGUGGCAGUGGCCUUCGUCAUGGACCCCCGCAAGACCCUGCUGGAGAUACGUGAGGCCCGGCUGGCCAGGAAGAAGGAUCAGAACCAGAGGAAAAACUAGAGGGGAGGAGGAGGAGGAAGAAGAGGAGGAGGAUGUCUGUCAGUCCUUUUUCAGAGGGGUU